GUACCCACUUUUAUGGACUGUACAGGUUACCCGAGAAGGUCAGGUCCAGUAUGUUCAACUCAGCGCGAUGGACAGAAUAUUUGAAGCAAAUGCUGGGUCAUCGAAGCAACGCGGAAAGGAACGGACCAAUCAGGAAGAUCGUUGGGAUGCGUUGGGUAGGCGGUGCGGCGGCGGCACGUUGGCAGUCGGCAGAGUUUUGCAGAGUUCAUUCCGCUCGCGCCUGGGAAGCAGCGACAAGGCGGAAGUAGUGCUGGCUGCCUCAACUCUCUUCCAGCGAUGGAGCGGGGGGAGUAGGGACCGAGAUCCACCGAAACACCGCAUAACCUCCUCCAAACAGCCGCUACGGGGGGACGCGGAGACCUCCCUCUCACCCACUCCCUCUCCCAUGUCCGUUAUCCCAGGGUAUAAUUCAGAGCCGGAACGUGGUGGUGGUCCUGAUUAUUCCAGUUCCAUGAAUUCCCUGCGGAUUUCCGUGCGAGGACUUCCCGGCCUGGCCUCCAUGGCCGGCGCCGCCUCCGACCCCCGCUUCCGCCUAAAAUGGAGGGCAAUCACCGUGGCAACACUCCUAGCCCUCUCCCUCCUCCUCUACCUGCACCAGACGACGGGGGGUGGAGCUGGCGGCGAUGACGUCUUCGGCGGCGUCUCCUCUGACCGCUUCCAUCACCACGGUAACGGGGCGCAAAGCUGGCGGACGAACAACAACAAGAAAGUAAACAAUAACGGUGUCCGUCAACUGGUGGCAGCAGUGGGAUCCAACAGCGGCGUCAACUCGAAGAAUAAACGUUACAACGACACGUAUCCUCUCAGCCCGCCGGAGAGGACGGCGUACGGGAGCAUCCGGUACCGUAUCGGGGUGAUCGCCGACUUGGACACGGCCUCACGGAGCACCAAGGAGCAGACGUGUUCAGCUACAUCAGGAAUUAAUACAGGUCAGACGUGGUUCAGCUUCAUGCGGAGGGGCCACCUGGUGGUAUCUGAGAGUGGGGACAGAGUGGAGGUGGAGUGGGACCCAGACACCCUGACCCUGGAGAGCCACCUGGCUGAGAAGGGACGAGGUAUGGAGCUGUCGGAGCUGGUUGCGUUCAACGGUCACCUGUACAGUGUGGACGACCGUACAGGAGUUAUCUACAGGAUAGAGGGGAACCAGGCCGUACCCUGGGUUAUACUAACUGAUGGAGACGGGUCUGUCUCAAAAGGGUUCAAGGCGGAGUGGCUAGCGGUGAAGGAUGAGUGCCUCUACGUUGGUGGUCUGGGUAAAGAGUGGACGACCACUACCGGAGAGUUCAUCAACAACAACCCCGAAUGGGUCAAGGUGGUGGGUUACCGCGGCGACGUGGAACACGAGAACUGGGUGCCGCGCUACAACGCCCUGCGCAGCGCAGCCGGGAUUCAACCGCCAGGUUACCUGAUCCAUGAGUCUGCGGCGUGGUCCGACCGCCUCCAGCGCUGGUUCUUCCUCCCCCGCCGCGCCAGCUCGGAACGCUACGAUGAGACGGCCGACGAGCGCCGCGCCACCAACCUCCUCCUCUCCUGCCCCUCGGACUUCAGUGACAUCACCGUGGGGCACGCUGGACCCCUCCACCCAACGCACGGUUUCUCCUCGUUCAAGUUCGUACCGGACACCGACGAUCAGAUUGUACUAGCGUUGAAGUCGGAGGAGGACGCGGGGAAGAUAGCGACGUAUAUCCUCGCGUUUACGUUGGACGGGAGGAUGUUGCUGCCGGAGACGAAGAUAGGAGAUGUGAAGUAUGAAGGACUGGAGUUCAUCUAAAAUGGAUGGAUGGAUGGAGGAAAAAGAGAUCCUUAGGAGGAGAGACUGGAGAGAAGGGUGGAUACAGGAUACAACAGGACAGGGUUGGUAGUUAGUCCUACCAGCCACGUAUAGGAACUCUAUCAUACAUCACCUACCUGUGAAGUAGUGUGACGAGGUAGGAGGACUCUGUUCAAGGAAGGGUCAAGGUCCCAGUCUUCACCAACAAGGUUGUCCAGAGAAACGACUAGUGUUUGGUGACAUCCGAUACCCUAUGAUUCUUCUCAUGGGCCACUUCCUGCCCCCAAAGGAGUCUUAGUGGACUACAUUACCAAGGCUGCGUUUAAACAGGCAGCCCAAUUCUGUUCUUUUUUCCCACUAAUUGGUCUUUUGACCAAUCACAUCAGAUCUUUUCACGUCAGAUCUUUUUCAGAGCUGAUCUGACUGGUCCAAAGAAUUGUCUGCCCCUCUAAACGCAGCCUAAGACCUAUGGUUGAACAGUGGUCAAAACUCUGCCGGUCAGACGCUCAGGGGAACAACAUGGAAGAAAAACCCUAAGAUUGACAGGGUUGUGUUCAGUUGGCACAAAACGGAAAUAAACUUUUUAAAACUGAGCUUUAAUUACCUGAAGUUGUCCAAUAAGGACAGUAAUUUUGGGGGUUUUCCGUUGGAAUGUAUUUUUUUGUUUUUUUUACGUUUGUGCCUUCUGAAGAGGAUCCUGGUUGUUUAAACACUAACACUUAGAUGACGUUGGGUUGUCAACGUUAGCCGUACGUUGAACACACUACACUGAAUAGGACGUAUGAUCUUCAUACACCAGCUGUUAUUAUUUAAUGGAAUUGUUUUAACUUGUUUUCUCUCUUCCAAAAAGAAAACAAAAACUCAACACCUCAAAGAUUAAAUUGUUCAUUAUGUCA